AGUUGGCCAGUUUCGAACUACCAGUUGCUGCGCGCGCACGGUUUUCAAGCGUUCUGUUUCGUGAUCGUGGUUUGUAAUCGUUUGAGUCUCAGACUUCAUCUCCCUUUUUUUCGCGUCCAUUUGGGGUGGUGAAAAAUUGGAAACCAUAACUCCAAGGAAAACUAACGAUUGAUUCAUUUGCCAGCUGGUUUUGCAUAAUAACGAACCAUUCUGGGCCUUCGAUGGUCUUCAAGUGUUAAGUGUUUAACUGUCGUCGUCGUCGCCAAUUGAUGAGGUGUUUUUCGUUGUUGUUGUUUGUGUUUUGAGGCACUUUCUAUUUGGGCGGAUUUGUACGCGACGAGACCAGUAAGUGAGGGGUUCCAAAAUGGGCACUUGAAGUAAGUGUUCACGUGGUUUGUGCAGGAGGGCGAUGUGUAAAAACAUCCUUCUGGGCCGGAUUAACCUGUCGAAGAGAAAGGUGGUUCUUUGACUGUAGAAAAGAUCGUUAACUCUCACAAGCUGCUUCAGGAUUGGAGGGAGAAAUUAUCCCAGUGUUUAUGAUCUAGUUUAUUGUUUUACCACCGCGCUGAAGAAGAAAUUUGGCAAUAUUUUUUUUAUUUUGCACUGGCAGCAAAAAAAAAGUGAAAAGCGAAGUGAGUUUUUUGUUCGUUCGUUUGUUACAUCAAUUUACCGUGAAGACGAGUGCAAUUUAAGAAUUUUACGAUUUCUAGUUUUGUCUCGAAUGUUAGUGAGAAAUACGCCAGGUAUCAUUUACCUUCGAGCUAAUGUGUCGGAUUGCCGGAUUAAUACUGUCUGUUUGUCUGUCUGUCUGUGACCAACUGUGUGUUUGUGUGGAGUGGUGAGUGGUGAAGGAGCAAAAAGGAAACGAGCAGAGAACCGAUUAAGGAGUUGCUUCGAUAGAUAGAGGAAUUUUACGACCUUACUACGACUACGAGUUUCGAUUUUGGUGAACCCAUCUUUGAGCGUCCAGCUGGAGAAGAGGCAUAUUACAAAAAAAAACAUUACCAAGAUGACUUGUGGGAUUUCAUGUGUGGACAGCGCCCUGAAUCGAUCCUUUUUCAAGCUUGGUUCCUUCAUCGGGCGCCACCCGGGCUACUUCCUAAUCGUGCCAGUGCUGCUGACGUUCCUGUGUAUGACUGGCUAUCAACAGAUCAAAUACGAAAUUGAUCCAGAAUACCUGUUCUCGCCAAUACACGGCGAAGGGAAAUCAGAGCGUGCCAUCGUCGAGAAUUACUUCAAGGUCAACUACACACAUCGCUUCAAUGUGGGCCGCAUCACCAGACCGGGACGCUUCGGUCGGGUAAUUAUCGUCGCGAAGGAUGGAAACAAGAAUCUGCUACGAGGUGAGGUUUGGAAGGAGCUCCGGCUGCUGGAUGGAAUCAUCCAAAAUGCAACCGUCCACUUCGACGGGGACACAUUCACCUAUCGGGAUGCAUGCGCCCGGUGGGAAAACGAAUGCUUCACCAACGACAUCCUCAACCUGGAUCAAAUCAUCGACGAUGUGGAAGCGGGUGAGCUGAACCUCACCUUCCCGGUUAUGUUCAACCCGGUCACGUGGGACGCGCACGUUUUCCCGGUGUUUUUCGGCGGGACGCAGGUGUCUGAGGACAACAUCAUCAUCUCGGUGCCGUCGCUCCAGAUGGUGUACUUUGUGACGGCGGACUCCAAGCGGCAGGACGUGCGCGGUGCCGAGUGGGAGGAAGCGUUCCUAGAUGCGGUCGGUUACGCGGAAGAUAACGGCGUGUUCAAGCACAUCUCGGUCGCUCGGUUCGCGUCGCGUACGCUCGAUCACGAACUCGAAAAAAACACGCGAACGGUCGUGCCGUACUUCGGGUCGACCUUCAUUUUGAUGGCGGUUUUCAGUGUUGUGACGUGCAUGAUGGGUGACGUGGUCCGUUCGAAGCCUUGGCUCGGUCUUAUGGGAAAUAUCUCGGCGGUAAUGGCGACGCUGGCUGCCUUCGGACUGGCCAUGUACCUUGGCAUCGAAUUCAUCGGCAUCAAUUUGGCGGCACCGUUCCUCAUGAUCGGUAUCGGUAUCGACGACACGUUCGUAAUGCUAGCCGCCUGGAGGCGAACCUCGGUGAAGUUGUCGGUGCCGGAGCGCAUGGGCCACACCAUGUCCGAGGCGGCCGUCUCGAUCACCAUCACCUCCCUGACGGACAUGAUCUCCUUCUGGAUCGGCAUAGCGAGUCCUUUCCCCUCGGUGAGGAUCUUCUGCAUGUACAGCGGGUUCGCGGUGUGCUUCACCUUCCUAUGGCACGUGACUUUCUUCGCCGGAUGUAUGGCGGUCUCGGGGUACUGCGAGCAAAAAAAUCAACACGCCAUAUUCGGCUACAAGGUGCUGCCAGAAUCGGUCGCCAUCAAAGAGAAGCGCUCGUGGUUGUAUCGCAAGCUCAACACCGGCGGAAUCAACCGCGACGACCCGGACAACCCGAUCGACAACAAGGAGCACAUGCUGAUGAAGUUCUUCCGUGACAACGUCGCCCGCAUCUUGAACAAAGGCUGGGUGAAGGCCCUGAUCAUCCUCGUGUUUGCCGGUUAUCUCGCCGGAGCCUGCUUCGGGCUGACCAAGAUCGAAGAAGGACUCGAGCGGAGGAAGCUCUCCAAGGCGGACUCGUACUCGGUGAAGUUCUUCGACCUGGAAGACGAAUACUAUCGCGAAUUUCCGUACCGAAUUCAGGUGAUCAUAACUGGGGAUUUAAACUAUUCCGAUCCGACCACCCAGAUGCAGAUCGAAGAUCUAAUGCAAUCGCUAGAGAACACCACAUACAUCACAUCGCCGCUGUAUAGUGAAUCCUGGCUUCGGUCGUUCGUUUCGUACGUGGAGAGGAAUAAUGAUUAUCUGAAUCUUACCCUGGAUAGUGAGCAGGCGUUUAUCGACGCGCUGAAAGAGAUCUGGUUAUUCCCAGCGAAUCCAUUCUCUUUGGAUGUAAAGUUCAACGAAAACAGCACCCGUAUUCUAGCAUCGCGAUUCAUGAUUCAGGCGAUCAACAUCACAGAUACAAAUCACGAGAAGAUCAUGGUGAAGGAUCUGCGGCAGAUAUGCAAGGACUCCCCGCUGAACGCGACCGUAUUCCAUCCGUAUUUUGUUUUCUUCGAUCAGUUCGAACUGGUGCGACCUACUUCUAUCCAAUCGAUGAUCGUCGGAGCGCUGAUAAUGAUGUUGAUUUCGUUCAUAUUCAUACCGAACUUCCUGUGCUCGCUGUGGGUGGCAUUCUCGGUCGUUAGCAUUGAGCUGGGUGUCGCCGGUUAUAUGAGUCUGUGGGAUGUCAAUCUGGAUUCAAUUUCGAUGAUAAAUCUGAUAAUGUGUAUUGGAUUUUCGAUUGAUUUUACAGCCCAUAUUUGCUACACUUACAUGUCCAGCAAGGCUCGCACUCCAGACGCGAAAGUACGGGAGGCCCUCUACAGCCUAGGAAUGCCGAUUGUUCAAGGAAGCGUUAGCACGAUUCUGGGAGUGGUAGCUUUGCUGCUAGCGGAUAGUUAUAUAUUCUUGGUGUUCUUCAAAAUGGUGUUUCUGGUGAUAUUCUUCGGAGCAAUGCAUGGCUUAUUCCUGCUCCCAGUUUUGCUGUCACUGUUCGGGCCGGGGUCAUGCACUUCGCAUCCUGACGAUGAGCACAAAAUGUCUUCUGUUGAGAAAGCCUAUCCACACCCUUACUGUAUAUCACAUCCGCAGCUGGCGUUAACGGGUGCAUUUGGAAGUAAGAGCUUUCUCGGCACCCCAUAUAAGGCCUACGGUGACGAGAAGGACUUAGGCCUAGGAACAUCCGGUGAAGAUUCGAGUGAAAGUUCGAGCAGCAAGUCCCAGCGAAGACAGGCCUUGGAGGAUGAGAAUACGAGGAGGAGGUAUGAGGAGGGUUGGAGAAGAUCUACCCAUAAUCUUACUGGACAGAGCCAGUUUCAGCCUGUUCUAGAUUUGUAUGGACAGGAUUCGACCGCAUGGCCUAAACCGGGAGCAAAAGUUCCCAUGAAGAUUGCUAAUGCUCGGUAUGGCUACGAUGACAUGCUAGCCAUAGACCAAGGGCAGGCGAACAGACGAUACAACUACGAAGCCGAUCGCGAACGAGAGCGACGGAAAUCCGAAGACAACCGAAUUCGUAAACCUCGCUACGAAGAUAACCGAACAUUCGAGAAUGAUGAGCCAGCCGAUGAUGACUAUCAGCACACGAACCGAUACUACAUGUAUGACAGCAGCCAUGUGAAGCGCAUGUCCAACAAUAGUAACAAUAGUGGCAGUGACAGCAACAAUAGCAGCAACGUUCGCAGGAAGUAUUCGGAUGAGGUAGAUAACGGUAAACAUCGGCGCUUUAGCGAUGAGCGUCGACCUCGUAAGUAUACUCCUCCGGAAGGUAUUUACAAGCAGAACCCGCACCGCUCAUCCUCGCAGCACAAUCUAUACUAUCCCCGACAGCCACCCCAGCGGACGACUUCCCAGAGCAGUCUGCACCAGCUGCGGCAUAUGGGCGAUAUGAGAUUUCCUUGAAAGCUAGAUUUUAUCUAUUUGGUAAACGGUAGCAGCGGGUUGAUAAUUUAGCAGCCUAGAACUUUAAGUAGGAAAUUAAAAGAGGCAUCAUUCGUCGCUCUUCCUAUUCAUUUUUUGUUUAUCCAUUUUGAUAGACCCUAUGACUACUUCAUUCUUGCUCAAACCUUCACUAGUUAUACAUGUUUAGUUUGUACCGAUGAUUGUUAUCAUGACUGAUGCGAUGAGUUGCGGAGGGGAUCAUUUCCGGAAACUAUUGACUACCAAAAAAAAACAGUCAUAAAACUACCAAAAAAAUUCAACGAAAAUGCUUUCGACAUUUCCUAGAAAAUUGAAGCUUUCUUCGAAUAUGUCGUGACACUUUCCCAACGCUAUAGCAUUCUCCGACGGGUGGAUCUGAUACUCCGGAGCGCAGCAUCACUUCCAGAAACCUGCUCCCUCUCUCUCCCUCAAUAAAAUCUCUUAAUCGCAUCUUAUUGUAUUAUAUGUAAUAGAGCCAAGUUAACUGCGUGAGCGUGAUUAUAAAUAACUUGACUUGAUUUGCACGCGCGUUCGAGCGGUUCUGUAUGUUUGCGUGUGUGUUUGUGUGGAUGCUGUACGUGUGCGUGCGCUUUAGUGUGAUGAAAAAAAUAAUAUUGUUUGCGCCCUCAUCUAACUUAACUAAAAGAAAUAUAAUGCAAUAGUGGGAAACAGAAAGUGUGUUAUUUAAUUUAAUCGUAUACAGUAGUAACAAGCCAAGAUUAGUGGCAAGAGGCAAUUUCGGUCCGUGAUGAACUUCCGCCAGAAUGAAACCGAAAGAGGAAAACAGGCAAACAUUCGAGGAAGGCAGCGAAAGGCAGGAAAAUGAACACUCUCCACGAGGUUCAACAGUCGAGUGUGACUAGAGAUGCACGAGAAGGAAUGUGCUCUACAUUAUGUUGAUUAGGUUUAGGCGUAAUUAGAUCAACGAAAGGCGCGUCCGAUGCGAUCAAGAAUCGGACCAGCGGAAGGACUCGCCUUCAACGCUUAUUGGCGUAUCGAAGCGGACGCUCAUCGAGUUUAAUAUUAUUUAUCGUAAGAUUUGGAAACUAUAGUAUGUGUUGUUAAGGGAAUUUGCAGUGGAAAGACAAAAACAAAACGAAAUCAUUCAUAGUGUAUCAUAUAACGAAUAAAAAAAAACUACUAGAUAGGAAAAAUGUGAGUUUUUAGGUAUAUACUUUUGUAAUUAUUAUUAUCAGUUUUUUUUUCGAUUUAGAAUAUUUUGUGCGAUACUAUUGAAAAAUAUAUAUUUUUUGAAACGAA